AUGGCGUAUCAAAUCCUGGGGAUAGCAAUCAUUGCCGCCGUCUUUGUUGUACUUAAGAUACUCAACGCAACCGACACGCCAAAGAUCAGAGGAAUUCCCGAGAUUCCCGGUGUCCCGCUCUUUGGCAACCUGCUUCAGCUUGGAGUUGACCACGCUCGAGUUGCGAAGGAAUGGGUAUCGAAAUACGGACCUGUGUUUCAAGCCCGCCUGGGAAACAGACGAAUUCUCUUUGUCAACUCUUACGAUGCAGUAAAAUACUUUUGGAUCACUCACCAGUCGUCUCUCAUUUCUCGACCGACGUUUCACACGUUUCACUCGGUCGUCUCCUCGUCUCAAGGAUUCACCAUUGGAACAUCUCCCUGGGAUGAAUCCUGCAAACGCCGCCGCAAGGCAGCAGCUACGGCGUUGAACCGCCCUGCUGUCCAGUCCUACAUGCCUAUCCUCGAUCUCGAAUCUACGGUGAGCAUCAAAGAGUUGCUCAACGACUGUAGAGAUGGCUUGCAGGACGUGGAUCCCAGUCCUUACAUGGCGCGGUUUGCGCUCAACACCUCCCUGACUCUGAACUAUGGAUUCCGCAUCGAUGGCAACGUCAACGACGACCUUCUGGCGGAAAUUACGCAUGUUGAGCGCGAGAUAUCCAAUUUUCGAUCAACGAGCAACAAUUGGCAGGACUACAUUCCGCUUCUCCGCAUGUUUAGCAAGACCAACACCAAGGCAGAAGAGUAUCGCCUAAGGCGGGACAAAUAUCUGACCGACAUGCUUAACGAUCUGAAGGAGCGAAUUGCAAAUGGUACGGAUAAGCCCUGCAUUACUGGAAAUAUCCUCAAAGACCCCGAGGCAAGGCUCAACGAAGCUGAGCUCAAGUCCAUUUGCUUGACCAUGGUCUCUGCCGGGCUAGAUACGGUACCCGGUAACAUUAUCAUGGGCAUGGCAUAUCUUUCAACCGAUCAUGGUCAGAGUAUCCAGGCCAGGGCUUUAGAAGCCAUCCAACAAGUCUACCCUAACGGAGAUGCCUGGGAAAAGUGUCUGGUUGAAGAAAAGGUCCCCUAUGUCACUGCGCUCGUCAAGGAAACCCUUCGCUUUUGGACGGUCAUUCCAAUCUGCCUUCCUCGGAUGAAUAUUAGCGACAUUCCCUAUGAGGGAUCUGUUAUCCCAGCCGGAACAACUUUUUUUAUGAACGCUUACGCGGCGGAUUUUGAUGAGGCUCGAUUCAAGCUUCCGGACCAAUUCAUUCCCGAGAGGUUCUUGGAGGAUAAGGAAAUUGGCACGCCUCACUAUGCGUAUGGAGCCGGCUCUCGAAUGUGUGCUGGUUCCCAUCUCGCCAACCGAGAGCUCUACACGGCCUAUAUUCGACUCAUUACCAGCUUUCGAAUUGUCCCGACGAAGGAACCGAAUCAAGCUCCAGUCAUUCACCCUAUCGAUUGCAAUGCCACGCCGACCUCGCUGACGACUGACCCAAAGCCCUUCAAGAUUGGUCUAAAACCGCGAGACGAAGCUAAGCUUAGACAGUGGAUUGCGGAGGCAGAAGAGAGGACAAAGGAUCUGUAA